UUUAGAAGUUUAGACAUCGUGAAACAAUGUCAACAAUAUAUCAGUUAAUUUAUGUUGUGUUUGUUGUUAAUUUAUGUGUAAUAACACAUGUAAUUGGGUACAACAAUGAAUUUAAACAAUAUCCUGAAACAUCUGAAUUAAAAUCUGAAUAUGAUUUUAUUGUUGUUGGUGCGGGAAGUGCUGGAUGUGUCUUAGCGAAUCGUUUAAGUGAAAUUGCCGAUUGGAGUGUAUUACUAAUAGAAGCAGGCGGUCCGGAAACUUUUAAUAUGGAUGUACCAGCACUAGCCGGCUUAAAUCAACAUACGUCAUUUGAUUGGAGUUAUUAUGCAGAACCAUCAAAUCAUUUUGGAUUAGGUUUAGAAAAUCAAACAAUGUAUUUUCCGCGUGGUAAAGUUAUGGGUGGCUCAAGUGUAACCAAUUUCAUGAUUUAUACACGUGGUAAUCCAAAAGAUUAUGACCAAUGGAAUAUUACUGGUUGGUCAUAUAUUGACGUUGAAAAAUAUUUUUUGAAAUUGGAAAAUUAUAAUGUACCGGAUCCGGAUAAUGAGUUUGGCAAUGAUGGGCCAAUGUAUAUAAAUGUUGUACCAUACCAUAGUAACUUAUCAAAUCAUAUAUUAAAAGCAGCGCAAGAAUACGGAUUACCUCUGAUAAACACUAACGGCCCGAAACAAGUUGGUGUAUCCAGAUUACAAAGUACAAUUAAAAAUGGUGUGCGAUUCAGUACAAAUACAGGAUAUUUAACACCGAUUCGGAAUUCACGUCCAAAUUUACAUUUAAUUCGUAACUGUCAAGUAACAAAAGUACUAGUAGACAAUUUUGCUGACUCGAAUCCAAAAGCUUCUGGUGUACAAUUUGUAUGUUCUGAUGGAAAAAUCUCAACAAUUUUUACUCGAAAAGAAGUUAUUCUUUCUGCAGGAGCAAUUAAUUCACCACAAAUUUUAAUGCUUUCUGGUAUUGGACCCAAGAAUCAUUUGACGGAACUUGAUAUACCUUUAAUAAAAGACUUGCCGGUAGGAGAUAAUAUGAUGGAUCAUAUUAACAUGUUCGGCUUGCAAUUUUUAGUAAAUCAAACAGUUUUUCCAAAAUCUGAUUUCGAUUUAUAUGAAACAGAACGAUCUGGUCCUUUGUCCACUCCCGCAGCUGUUGAAGUUAUAAGUUUUUCACAGCAAGUUGGCUCAGAAAUUCCAUCAAUUGAACAACUAUUUAUUUCCAGUCCUCCAGGUAAACUAGUAUGCGAGAAUUUUAAUUUGAAACAAGAUAUCUACGAAGAAAUAUACAAACCUGUAGAAACUCUACCAGGAUUUUUGGUAUUUUCAUUAUUACAACACCCAAAAAGUCGCGGAUGGUUACGUUUACGUGAUUCAAAUCCAUUUUCAAAACCAAAAAUAUUCCCAAAUUACUUAUCCCAUCCAGAAGACAUUGACAUGUUAAUACUAGGUAUAAAGGAAGCAAUAAAUAUAUCGAAACAACCAUCGCUUCAGCAAUAUGGAACAACGCUGUAUAAUAAACCAAUUACACAAUGUAAGAAUUAUGAAUUUGGAUCAGAUGAUUAUUGGAAAUGUCAAAUUCGAACAACUACCUUCACAUUAUAUCAUCAAUGUGGCACAUGUAAAAUGGGUGAAAUUGGUGAUCCAACAGCUGUUGUGGAUUCAGAGUUAAAAGUGCAAGGUGUUCUUGGACUACGUGUUGUAGAUGCAAGUGUUAUGCCAGAAAUUAUUACAGGACAUCCAAAUGGCCCAGUGAUAAUGAUUGCUGAAAAAGCAGCAGAUUUAAUAAAAAAGGAUUGGAAUCGAACGUAAAUGAAAGAUUCAAGUAGUAAUUCAAAUACGUGUUACAAAAAAAAAAAUAUUCUAGUCAGAAUUUGAUAAAAAAACCUUCAGGCCAAAAAAUUGUUUACACAAUGAAUUUCCUAUAGUAAUAAUUACGAAUGUUUUUGUUUUCUCAUUAAUAAGUUCAAUAGAGAAUACCAAAUGCUUUAUAUAGUGUUUUUAUUUGUAUAGUACAAUUAAAGUAAAUAUCUUAAAGGAA